CAGCUCUUCACCUGGACUUCCUCAGACUCCACUCCCGUCUUGACUUUCCUCUCAAACUAAGACUUCUGACUGCUCUCGCUGUGGACGAGUCAGUCCAAGCAAACAUCCAGCUUCUGGACCUGAACUGGAUUUCUUUCUGAAGUUAGACCAACGAUCUGAUCUUUUCAGGUGUGUGUGAAGGUGGAAAUGCGGAUGUGUGUUUUCUGGCAGAAUGGAGGCUCCCGGAUGCUUUUCCUCCUCCUCCUCUGCUGCUCUGGAGGAAACGGUGAGCGGCAGGAGCCCAGACCUUCAGCGGCGCCUCAGCCUUUCCACGAGGGAAUCCAUGAACCUCAGGCGUACCCCGAAGAGGACCGGGCCCCUCUGCCCGUCUUCACCAUGGACUACCCCAGAAUCCAGGUCCCGUUUGAGUUCACACUCUGGGUGCUGCUGGCCUCGUUCGCCAAAAUGGGCUUCCACGUCUACCAUAAGAUCACCAUCUGGAUCCCGGAGUCCUGCCUCCUCAUCGCCGUCGGGCUCGUCGUGGGCGCCAUCAUGCACUCGGUGAAGGAGACGCCCCCCGCCGUGCUGGACUCGGACGUCUUCUUCCUCUACAUGCUGCCCCCCAUCGUCCUGGACAACGGCUACUUCAUGCCCACGCGGCCGUUCUUCGAGAACGUGGGCACGGUGCUGUGGUACGCCGUGGUGGGAACCCUGUGGAACAGCGUGGGAAUCGGACUCUCGCUCUUCGCCGUGUGCCAGUUUGAGGUGUUUGGAGUUCAGGACAUCAACCUGCAGGAGAACCUGCUCUUCGCGUCCAUCAUCUCGGCCGUGGACCCCGUGGCGGCUCUCAACGUCUUCGAGGACAUCGGAGUCAACGAGCAGCUCUACAUCGUCAUAUUUGGAGAAGGACUCUUCAACGACGCCGUCACCGUGGUUCUUUACACCAUGCUCAGCUUCCUGGCCGACUUGCCCGCGGUGGAAUCGUCGGACGUCUUCCUGGGCGUGGCCCGGUUCUUUGUGGUGGGAGUGGGCGGGAUCCUGUUCGGCGCCCUGUUUGGAUUCGUGGCCGCCUUCACGACUCGUUUUACCCACAACACCCGCGCCAUCGAGCCGCUCUUCGUCUUCAUGUUCAGCUACCUGGCCUACCUGGUGGCCGAGCUCUUCGCCAUCUCCAGCGUCUUGGCCAUCAUCACCUGCGCCAUCACCAUGAAGUACUACGUGGAGGAGAACGUGUCCCAGAGGUCCUGCACCACCAUCCGCCACGUGGUCAAGAUGCUGGCCACCAUCUCUGAAACCCUCAUCUUCUUCUUCCUGGGGGUCGUCACCAUCACGACGGAGCACGAGUGGAACUGGGCCUACAUCCUCUUCACGCUGCUGUUUGCCUUCGUGUGGAGGGGAAUCGGCGUCUUGGUGCUGACCCAGAUCGUCAAUCCCUUUCGCACCAUCACCUUCAACUUCAAGGACCAGCUGGGCCUGGCUUACGGGGGCCUGCGGGGGGCCGUGUGCUUCGCUCUGGUCUUCACUCUGCCGGACAGCAUCAACAGGAAGGACCUGUUUGUCUCGGCCUCCAUCGCCAUCAUCAUCUUCACGGUCUUCAUACAGGGCAUCAGCAUCCGUCCCAUCGUGGAGUACGUCAACAUCCGGAGGACCAACAAAGACCUGAACACCAUCAAUGAGGAGAUCCACACCCGGACCAUGGAGCAUGUGGUCAGUGGAAUCGAGGACCUGUGUGGACAGUGGAGUCACUACUACUGGAAAGACAAGUUCAAGAAGUUUAAUGACCGCAUUUUGAGACGCAUCCUGCUGCGAGACAACAGAGCCGAGUCCAGCAUCGUGUCCCUGUACAAGAAGCUGGAGCUGCAGGACGCCAUGGAGCUGCUGGACACGCCGCUGGGGGACCUGAGUGCAGCGCCGUCCAUCGUCUCUCUGCACGACGAGCGGAAGGACGCCUCCCGGCCCAAGAAGACGUUUCUGGCUGCAGAUGUGAAGAAAAUGCACGACAUCCUGUCGAAGAACAUGUACAGGAUCCGACAGAAGACCGCGGCCUACACCAACAAGUACAACCUGCCCGACAACAGCCGGGCUCGGGAGAUCCUGAUGCGCCGCCACGCCAGCGUCAGGCGGAGCCUUCGAGCCGGGAGCUUCCGGGAGUCGCCGACACACAGCAUCCCCAGACCUCUCAGGUACUACUCCCUGCAGCCCGGAAGCCACCUGGAGUCUGCGUUGACCCUCAGAAGACGAAGUCACGCCGGCAGUGAUGUGGACCGUCUGUCAGCUCAUCUCCAGGCCUCCGGUGUGUCUCCUCGCUCGUCCUCCCGCUCUCUGGUCCCCAUGAGGACGCUGGAAGUCAUUAAAGAGCAGGGCGGAGCCGACCUGAGGGCGCCCGGCGGUCUCCAAUCAGCUCCUGGUCCUGGAUCCAGUAGACCAGGCUCACAUCAGGAGGAUGAGAGCCUGGUCCAUCAUCCAGGAGGAGAAGGAAGCCGGGUACCAGACAGGAGGGACCCAGGAGAAGACGAGGGAAGUCCUCUGCUCAGACUCUGGUCUCAGAGGUCUUCAGGUUCCAGAAGAUGAGGACCAAGACUCUGAAACCCCUCAAAGGGACUAUAUGAGCACCCUGAGCUGGAAGAGUAACUGAUGGUGUUAAAACCAGAAAUGUUUAACCACUUGUUCCAUGGAACAUGGAAUCUCAAGAGGUAUUCCGUUCUGAGGCGGGUCUGAGGUGGGUCUG